UAGAAAAGGAAGAGAAGGAGAGAGGUAGUUUAACUUCUUGUUUGUGCAACAAUGACAGAGACUCAGAAGCAAGUGAUUUUGGUGGCUGUGGAUGAAAGUGACCAUAGCUUUCAUGCUUUGAAUUGGGUAUUGGAUAAUUUUUUUGCUCCUACGGAGGACCAUAAUUUCAAGCUCAUUAUCGUUCAUGCUGUAGUUUCGCCAGCUCCUUACCUAGGACUGGUUCAAAUUGGUAAAGGAUCCUCUGAAUCUUUAAAGGCUGUGGAAGAAAAUUUGAAGAGGUCAGCCACUAGUACCAUUCAGAAGGCUAAGGAGAUCUGCAGCAGUAAAUCGAUUGAUGAUGUGUCAACUGAAGUGAGUCAAGGAGAUCCCCGGAAUGUUUUGUGUGAGGCUGUAGAUAAACACCGUGCAUCUAUUUUGGUACUGGGCAGUCAUGGUUAUGGAGCAGUCAAAAGGGUGGUUCUAGGCAGUGUGAGUGACUACUGUGCUCACCAUUGUCGCUGCAACGUGAUAAUUAUUAAGAAUCCCAAGCCCCAGCGCUGAACCAUUUUUGAGGCUACCUAAUAACAAAUAUUACUAAUUUCACAUGUAUUCUGUUGAAUUCUUU